CAUUAACGGUGACGUUUGCAUUUUUGGUCUUUUGGUUUGCGCAGCAUUUUCAUCUUCACAUCUGCCAUUGUUGUCACCUUCUUACGUGUUCCACCUCGUAAAAUUGUAAUUCAUGCGCAACACAAACGAUUCCCAUGGAUUUCUCAAAAAAAUUGCCUUCUAUUUCUCUAUCCGUGGUGUUCAGCCUCUUCGUUAUCGAAACAGUUCGAUUAAACUCCUACAUUCCCUUCGCCAACACAAACAAAACAAACCCAUUACCAAUUUCUAUAACAGAAAGACUAAGAAACCUUUCAAAUCAGUUAACAACGAAGAAACUGACAACCCCAAAGAAUAUAUGAGAGACACAGUGGGAAAAAUAUACAAACUUUUGAAGUAUUCAACAUGGGAUUCUGCUAAACAAGAGCUAGACAAUCUCUCUUCUAUAAGAUGGGACUCUUACACAGUCAAUCAAGUUCUCAAAACCCAUCCACCAAUGGAAAAAGCCUGGCUUUUUUUCAACUGGGCUUCAAAGCUAAAAGGGUUUAAGCACGACCAGUUUACUUACACAACCAUGCUUGACAUUUUUGGAGAAGCUGGGAGGGUUGCUUCAAUGAAGCAUGUUUUUGAACAAAUGCAAGAGAAGGGGUUGAAGAUUGAUGCUGUGACUUACACUUCGUUGAUGCAUUGGCUUUCUAGUUGUGGUGAUGUUGAUGGGGCAAUCAAAGUGUGGGAAGAAAUGAAGGGUAAUGGUUGUUUUCCCACUGUUGUUUCCUAUACUGCUUAUAUGAAGCUUCUGUUUGAUAAUAACAGAGCUAAAGAGGCUACUGAGGUUUACAAGGAGAUGCUUCGAUCUGGGUUUUCUCCAACUUGUCAUACUUACACUAUCUUAAUGGAGUACCUUGUGGGUUCUGGAAAAUAUGAAGAAGCCCUUGAGAUUUUUAGCAAAAUGCAAGAAGCUGGGAUACAACCUGAUAAAGCUGCAUGCAAUAUAUUGGUUGAGAAAUGUUCCAAAGCUGGGGAGACAAGGGCUUUAACUCUAAUCCUUCAGUAUAUGAAAGAAAGCCGCCUUGUUCUGCGUUAUCCUGUAUUUCUGGAAGCACUGGAAGCCUUAAAAAGUUCUGGCAAGAGUACAGUGCUUCUCAGGGAAGUUAAUCCUCAUUUUUCUAUAGAGUGUAUCAGCAAGGAGGAGGCAUUUGAGAUUAGACCAAGGGCUUCUGACACUUCUUAUGGCAUAGACAGAGGGCUUUUACUGAUUUUCUUGAAAAAGCGAAAUCUUGUAGCCAUUGACCGCCUACUUACUGGGAUUAUGGAUAAGAAUAUGCAAUUGGAUUCUGCAAUUAUCUCAGCAAUCAUCAAAGAAAAUUGUGGUCAUGGAAGACGCAGUGGUGCUUUAUUGGCCUUCAAAUAUAGUUUAAGAAUGGGAAUAAUAAUUGAGAGAACUGCAUAUCUUUCCUUGAUAGGCAUUUUAAUCAGAUCAAAUUCAUAUGCAAAGGUGGUGAAGGUUGUUGAGGCCAUGAUUGGGGCUGGACAUUCUCUUGGAACAUAUCUAAGUGUGCUUUUGAUCUAUAGGCUUGGUUGUGCAAGAAGGGCUGCUUGCGCUGCAAAAAUAUUUUAUCUAUUGCCUGAUGAUCAGAAGAGCACAGCUGCUUUCACUGCUUUAAUUGGUGUUUACUUCACAGCAGGCAAUCCUGACAAGGGACUUCAAAUUUAUAAAACCAUGCUAGAGAAAGGAAUUUAUCCUGCAUUAGGCACAUACAAUGUGGUAUUGGCUGGACUUGAAAAUUGUGGUAGAAUAAGUGAAGCAGGUUUCUAUAGGAAGGAAAAGAAGAGCCUGCAAUUAAACAGUCGUUCUCAGGAUGUCUCCCUAGAGGAAAAGAUAUGUGACCUUGUAUUUGCUGUAGAUGUAACUUGAAACACUGAUUUGGGACCAUAAAAGUCACCACAUUGAUAGCUUGCUAAGAAAAUUUUGUACUAUUAAUUGAGUAUAUGCCAUUCAGUGCAAAUGACAUCCAAUGCUUCUUUCAA